AUGGGGAAUAAAACCAGUUGUUGCUCCUACUCGAGCCCUCAGAGUAGUCAUAGGGAAAGAGUGAUUAUACCAAUUGAGGAAACCCUUCAUGAAGGUGAAAUAAGUCAAAGCAAUCUCCAACAUAUUAGUGAACGUGAAGGUGAUGAUGGGGAAGCAGAUCCAUCACAAGAUCCCAUGGCAAAGACCAUAUUCAUUGAGAGAUCUAAAACAGCUAUAGAAAAUGGGAUGAUCAGAAGAAAGAGCCAACAUCAAAUAGCUGACUUAAGACCUCUGAAGAAAAGCAGUUCUUGUUCCACUAUCUACUUAGAUGAUAGCACUGUCUCUCAGCCUAAUCUUAAAAACACAGUUAAAUGUGUUGCUCUAGGUAUUUAUUAUCACAUCAAAAACCGUGAUUCUCAGAGAGAAAUUGACAUAUUUGAUGAAAAGCUACAUCCCUUAACUAGAGAUGGUGUUAGUGAUGAUUAUGACAAAUAUUAUCCUGAACAUAAACAGAUUUAUAAAUUUGUGAGGACUUUGUUCAAUGCUGCACAGUUGACUGCUGAAUGUGCCAUUAUUACUUUAGUAUAUCUAGAGAGACUUCUGACUUAUGCUGAAUUAGAUAUCCAACCUUCCAAUUGGAAAAGAAUAGUUCUGGGUGCAAUCCUACUGGCUUCCAAAGUAUGGGAUGAUCAAGCAGUCUGGAAUGUUGACUACUGCCAAAUCCUCAAAGACAUAACUGUGGAAGACAUGAAUGAAUUGGAAAGGCAGUUUCUCGAGCUGCUACAGUUCAACAUCAAUGUUCCUUCAAGUGUCUAUGCAAAAUAUUAUUUUGACCUACGCACUUUGGCUGAAGCUAAUGAUCUGACUUUUCCAAGUGAGCCACUGAGCAUAGAAAGGGCUCUCAAGCUAGAGGCUAUGUCCAGGGUCAUGGCAGACAAGUAUACACAGGAAGCCAUCAAAAAAGGUCUGAAAAAGUGGUCAAGUUUAGAUAAUGUUACAAAUGGACAAACAGCUAGGAGGAGUAUAGCUAUCCUGUCAUGA